CCGCUACGCCCCAGCCGUCCGAGCAGUAAACAUGGACAAGGUCACGGUGCUGCAGCAAUGCGUGGACCAAAUGACGCUGGACAUGUUCAACGCCCUUCGACUACUUCCACCACUCGACACGGAGGACGACUCAAAUGCAGAAGUUGUGGCGGAGCAGUUGGAGCGGAUAAAGGGGCUGGCAAAGGACUUGCUGCUGAGCGCCAAGCGCACAAACGAAGUGAUCGACACGCUUCCGGGACUCGACAAGACAGAAGCCGACCAACUGGAGGAGCUUCGCCUUCUCCAGAUCGCGAGUGACGAAGAAGCACGUAACCUCCUCGAGGCGGAAGCGGAAGCGUUGCAGUGGAAUGCCCGUGCCCAUGAAUCCCUGGAGGUGAUCUGCGACACGAGGCUGAAGAAUCGGCCCUCCAAAAUCAGCGACCCCCCUAGCAUUAGUACCACAUUGACGACCACCGCAUCCUCGACCAUCCUUCCAACCACAGACCUUUAACUAACAUUUCAAUAAUCGAUCACUCGAUGUCAAUGCAUCGUAUCUACGUUAUUCUCUCGACUUGGACGGAUACAGGUACGCUUUGGUGGCCACUUCAUACCCAGCCAGCAGCGACGGACCUGCGUCCAUGAGCACAUCGUAAAGCGCGUCCACGUCUCGGUUGCCGCGGGCGCUGCUGCGCUGGGCAUAUGCAUCCAAACAUGCGUGGAUCUCUUUCCAAAUGACGUCUUCUGCCGCCAUCGCCAGCGCGCGAUCUUUCCAGCAGGCCACCCCAAGUGGCAUGUCCGCCGGCAUGACCACAGGGCUGUACUGCGCGAGCCCCGCCUGCGUCUCCAUCCACGCCACGUACGUCGGAAUUGUCCAGCCCUUGGCCUGCCACGGCGCCUGCAGCCCCGCGGGACCGCGACUGAGCAGGUGAUGGCACACGUUGCUCGGGCGCACCUUGUCCAACCGGCCGUCCCGCGUCACGUUGGCCGUGUCCACAAACAGCAAAUGCCGGAACGCUUUGAACUCUUCCAGCGCGAGACCGGACAGCUCGAGCGAGUUGCCGAGGACCAUCUCGAGCUGCGCCAUAUCGCUGGCAAGGCGGCACUUGCCUGCUUCCGUGAGCGGCCGCACCAGCGCCAGUUGCCGCGUCGCGUGCGACAG